AACACUUACGACGAGUAGUGACAACCUUUUUCCUUGGUAGUUUCCUCGAAAGAAAAAUCAUCUACUCUUUCCUUCUCCCUUCUCUUCAUCUUCCUCAUCCAAACACACCCUUAAAUAUAUAUAUUCACACACAAACAUACUUCAUCAAUCAAUCCAAUCAUUCGCCCUAGCUACCUCAGAUAUACAUACACAUAUAUAUAUUUUCCAAUUUUAAAGAUCGUUUCCAUGGCCACUUUGUUGCGUAGCUUGGAAAUCACGGUAUUAUCCGCAGAAAACUUACGAAAAGAUGGAAAAUCAAUCAAGAAGAACACGUUCGCGGUCGUCAAAAUCGAUCCUUUCAACUCUCAUUCAACAAAGAUUGACAAAGGAGGAAGCUACCCUUCGUGGAACGAUAAGUUGGUGAUGGAGUUGCCAAUGCAUGAGCGUUUUGUAACGCUGGAGGUGCACUCAUGCAAGGGUAGUAACAACAACAGCAGGAUCAUAGGGACGGCUAGGAUGCCAGUUUCAGAUAUCUCCGGGGAAUAUUAUACAGCGUUGGAUUAUUUACAUUUUUUGAGUUAUAGAUUAAGGGACGAGAAGGGGGAGAGAAAUGGUAUUAUCAAUGUUUCAGUGAGAGCUAAAGCGCCGCCGCCGGGGUAUAAUCAUGCAUGUUCAAAAACGGUGUCGUUGUCGGUGGGACCGAGAUUGGGGUUGCCCAUGGGAGGUUAUAUUAAUCAUGCAGGUGUAGUGACUGGUGUUCCGGUUAGGUGUAAUUAUCGUGCUUAAUUAGUCAUUAAUCUAUUUAAUUACGCAAUUUGUCUAAUGAGAAGAAGUAAAGAUAUGAUCAGUUUUGGAUAAUCUUAAAAAUAUAAUAUAUUACCUAAAAU